GGUAGGUCGUGACCAAGCUUACAAAUGUUAUUACGAUUAUUCAAUCACAGUCCUUUGCCUUAUCUAACUAGUGAAGAAUUUUACCAAAUACAAAAUAUCUUGACUUCAAAAUUGAAUUCCUUGAGCUCUAAUUUCUGCCUUCAAUUCUAAACUAACCUCUAGAAUUAUACACUGCAGUGUUCUUAUUUUACCUUUUAACUAUUUCGUAUGAUUUUAUAUUUUUAUCCAGCCAAAAUUGUCCCUAAUAAGGGUCAGUUCACUAUAAGUGCGAGGCGAUGGCGAAAGUGUGCGUGGAUGAAGUAAUUCGUUUCACAUCGGAUUGUUUCAAAGCGCUCGGUGUGAACGCGAAAGCCGCAUGCCAGCAAGCAGAGAUGUUGUACCAGGCGGAUCGCAUCGGGUAUUACAGUCAUGGCUUGCAUAGAUUGGAAUACUAUGUUAAUGAUAUUAAAACUGGCGCAUGUCAACCGAAUAAUGAACCCAAAGUGGAGAAAGAAACGACGUCGACGGCGUGGGUGAACGCUAACAACGCGUUCGGCUCCACCGCCGCCCACUUCUGUUUAGACUUGGCCAUUGAGAAGGCUAAAAACAGCGGCGUCGGAUGGGUUUCUGCAAAAGGGUGCAACCAUUAUGGUAUCGGUGGCCACUGGGCAAUGUUAGCCGCCAAGCAGGGCUUUGUGGCGUUUGCGUUCAGCAAUAGUUCGCCGCUUCUCGCGCCCACAAGAAGCAAAAAGCCAGCGCUGGGAACUAAUCCGAUAGCCUUUGUGGCUCCCGGCUGCAAUAACGAAUAUUUCUACUUGGACUUUGCGACAACAGCUGUCUCUGUAGGAAAGGUGGCGCUGUAUGCACGUAAGGGCCUGAGGUUGCCAGACGGUUGGGCACUAGGCCCUGACGGAAAAGUAACGAACGACGCGCAAGUGGCAAUGAAAACGAGAAGUCUUAUGCCUUUAGGUGGUACAGAGCAAUCAUCGGGUUACAAAGGAUACGGAAUUGCAGCCAUGGUUGAAAUAUUGUGUGGAAUGACUGCAGGAUCAAAUUAUGGUCAUCACAUACGAUCGUGGUCACUAUCGAAGAAGAGUAGUGGGCCGUCCAAUCUCGGCCAAACCUUUAUCGUAAUGGACCCCAACCAGUUUGCGCCUGGCUUCAAGGAGCGCGUUUCUGAGUCAUUGAAUUACUGGAGAAAAAUGGAACCGGUCAAUCCAAAGUUACCAGUAAUAGCGCCUGGUGAUAUGGAGAGGAUAGUUGGUGAAAGGACUGAUCGCGAAGGAACUAUUACGUACGUAAAACGAAUACUUGAUGUUAGUAAAAAAAUCGCUAAGGAACUUAACGUCGAGCCUAUACAAGAAUUGAGAAUUGAACCAAGACAUAAGGGACGUAAAUAAUUUGUAUUUUAUGUAUGUACAUACAUAUAUUUUAUGAAAAGCGAAAGAACGCAUUUAAGAGUAAC